CUACUUUCAAUGACACUGUUGAUAUGAUCACAAAAUCAUCUGCAACACUGGAAACAACCACCGCAACAACACCGGCAAAUACAAUGUCAGAAACAACCGCUAGUGAAACAACAACAUUGCCUGUAGCGACAUCGAAAAAUACUCCAACUAUUGCAACAACAUUAACCUCACAAGAGACUCCCGUCUCACAAACGCAAACACUGUCCGGGAAAACUACAAUGGUGUUGCAAUCAACACCCUCUCCAAUAACACCUAUUUCAAAUACGCUUACACCUUUGGUAACACCCGUGUCCCCAACCAGUGAGGAUGCUGUCAAAACAACACCAGAGCAAACACAAACAUCGUCAAUUAGCACAACACCGCUGUUGCAAUCAACACCUAUUUCAAAUACGCUAACACCUUUGGUAACACGAGUAUCCCCAACCACUGGGGAUUCUGUCAAAACAACAUUAGAGCAAACACAAACACCGUCGAUUGGCACGACACCCGUAUCAGUGUCAACUAUAGGAAAAACGCAUGUUUCUACCUCAAAAACGACAACUUUUUCGACCUUAUUGUCAACUGCACAAGAGGAAACAACCGAUUCAACAACCCAAUAUACAUCAGAGAUGUCUACACCAACAUCUUUAACAUAUUCCGCAACACAAACCCCGCCAAUAUCCACCACUUCGUUACCAUCGUUACCACCAUCAACAUCACCAUUUUUGACAUCAUCAUUAGAAACGGUUACAACUACAGCAACGUCACCAAUGUCAACAUUUGAAUCGGUUGAGAUGACCUCAGGGUCAGUUACAACACCGAUAUCAACUCAAACUGUAUUAUCUAAGGAAGCUACAACAAUACCAACAAUGGAAUCAUCAACACCGAUAUCAACACAAACUGUAUCAUCUAAGGAAGCUACAACAAUACCAACAAUGCAAUCAUCAACACCGAUAUCAACCCAAACUGUAUCAUUUAAGGAAGCUACAACACUAUUAACAAUGGAGUCAUCAACACCGAUAUCAACACAAACUGUAUCUAAGGAAGCUACAACAAUACCAACAAUGGAAUCAUCAACACCGAUAUCAACACAAACUGUAUCAUCUAAGGGAGCUACAACAAUACCAACAAUGCAAUCAUCAACACCGAUAUCAACACAAACUGUAUCAUCUAAGGAAGCUACAACAAUAUCAACAAUGCAAUCAUCAACACCGAUAUCUACACAAACUGUAUCAUCUAAGGAAGCUACAACAAUACAAACAAUGCAAUCAUCAACACCGAUAUCAACACAAACUGUAUUAUCUAAGGAAGCUACAACAAUAUUAACAAUGCAAUCAUCAACUCAAAUGUCAACUGAUACAGAUACAUUUACAAGUACAACUCCAUUACCAUCUCAAGCAAAUACCCCCGUAAGAACAACUCCGUUACCACCCGCAACAACGACAUCAACAAGUGCAAUAACGACAUUAUUAAUUACAACUCCAGUAUUGGAUACAUCAUUAUCAACCACAUUUCAGUCAAUUGCAGCAACAUCAUUUCCUAAUUCAACUCCAGAAUCGGAAACACCACAAACAUCUUUAAAGAUUACAACAACGCCAGCCACAAGUUCAUCGCCGACAUCACAUGAAACACUAGACACAACAUUGACAGCAUUAUCAGACACAGUACAGACGUCACAAAAUACACCAACAUCACCUCUGACAACAUUAGGGACAACAUUAGGUACAACAAAAUCAGGGUCGGGUACCACAGAGACUUCUACGAAGCUCACAUCAACAUUAAAUACGCCAACAUCAACUUUGGCAACAACACAGACAACACAAUCUACACAGUCAACACCGGGUACAAGCCAUGAGACAACCAUCCCAACAACACUACCACAUGUUCAAUCAACGACAGCGUCACCAUCAACAACUUUAGGAAAAACAUCUACAACAUUGUAUUCUGACACAACAUCCAUAUCUUACACAACACGAAUGUCAUCGGCAACACCAUCUACCGAUGCACCCAUACCAUCUUCAAUAGUUUCAACAGUUUCUGUUUAUCCCACCACUGAUCCUUCUAACACUACACCUACACCUGUCACGGGUAUUUCAUCAAGUAACCCUGAGAGAUCGACCUUUCAAUACACUUCGCCAACGUCUACUCCGACAUAUAGCUCUACUCUCAUGAACACAGAUCCUCCAGAAACUACUUCCAGAUCAAGAACCACGCCUGUGCCUAGCACUGCACCAUCAACAAAACCUUCUACGACAUCGAUGGGUGUUUCAUCAACGACGCCGUCGACUUCUACGUUGUCGCCAUCGUCGGAGCCGACGACGCUAUCAUCAACAUCGGUGAGGACUGCGGGAUCAAGUUCCGCAGGUUCUACUCAGGUGUCGUCGACCUCUUCCACAUCAACAGCUCAAACGCCAAGCUCUCCGUCGGGUACGACAUCACCGGCAUCAAGCUCGUACUCGUCAACGCAACAGCCGAAUAAAAGUACGACAGGGUCUGCGACCGUCACGACAAUCGUUGGACGACCCUCGACCACCGCUGCACCAACGCCGCAUUGUCUUGAAGAGACCACCUCUGGCGAGUUUGGUGCGAUCACAUGGCUAAGAACACCGGGGACAGAGACAGCUGAGGUGGAGUGUCCUUACGGUAGUAACAACCAGCAAUCUGCUACAGCCACUAGAUUCUGUCGUAUGAAACGUGCUGAUGUCACAUGGGACGACCGCAAUACGAGUUCUUGCGCAACAUCCAGCCAGGUCUUACAGAGAUUAUCAGAAGUUCCUAUCACAGUAGAUAAUGCUCAAACCGUCUCGAAGAACUUGACAACCAUCACGAGUUCUCCGACAGAACUCAACGAAACCGAUGUCGACCUCGCCGUGGACGUACUUGAAAACCUUGCCCGAUCUAUCACCGAGUACAACAGUGCGGCGGUCGUAGAGAACGCAGUAGAUGCAAUCAAUAACUUGGCAGGGGCAAUGAUGGAGACGCUUGUAGCCGGGCAACGGGAUGCGGAGAUCGCUAACAGGGUGCUCCAUUUGAUCGACGAAUUCGCUCUCCACGUCGAUUUCGAGGGCGACAUGUUUGAAGCCGUUUCAGAGAGGAUUGACGUGGUCGUCGUCAAGAUCAACACGGAAAUGAUCAAUGGAUUGUCUUUCAGAAGCGUGGUCGAUGAAACCGGUACCUCAAAGCCCCAGCUCUCGUUUAACAAUACCAACACUGAGUCUACCGCUGAAGCCUCGGCGUCACUAGAGCUGCCAGGCUCGCUCUUUGAAACUCAUCGAGGCGAGAUAGAUAGAGUCCAGUUUGUAAUCUAUAAAGAUGUCAUCUUUUUCGAGGUGAUUACUGAAGCGACACAAAAUGGCACCGCCCCUACCCCGCCUACUAUAUCUACUGGUGAUGACGUCAUAGAAAGGGAUGCCCUCAACAGUUUGGUUAUAUCCGCAAGCCUGGGUGAUCUGAAAAUUUCAGGAUUAAGGGAUCCUGUCAAAACUUCGUUUAUUCACCAAAGACCCGAGAGGGCAGAUAAUCCAUCGUGUGUUUUCUGGGACUUUGCAGCGGCAGAUGGCAAAGGAACGUGGUCUACGGAGGGUUGCAUCGCUUCUGUAACAGCAGAGGGCAGCACACAAUGUGAAUGUGACCAUCUCACUAACUUUGCUCUUUUAAUGGACAUCUACGGAACCACCACCACAUUUAACGGAGACCACAUGAUGGCGCUCUCCAUCAUCACCUUCGCGGGAUGUACACUGUCUAUCCUUGGUCUGGUAGUAACCUUCUUCUCUUACAUCAUGAUCAGGCAACUUCGAAGCGACCGUCGCACCCGAGUCCUCCUCAACCUCGUGGUCGCUCUCACCUUCAUGAACAUCUGUUUCCUCACCGACGCCGUCCUCACCGAGUUCGGUCACCCCGGCGAAGUCGCCUGCAAGCUCCUCGGGGCCCUGCUCCACUACGGCCUCCUGACGUCGAUCGCCUGGAUGGCCCUGGAGGCGUGGCACAUGUACCUGGCACUCGUCAAGGUCUUCGACAGCUACACCUCGCACCUGAUGAAGAAGAUGUGCGUGAUCGGCUGGGGCCUGCCCGCCGUCAUCGUCGGCAUCCUCCUCGGCGUCGACCUGGACCAUUAUGACUUCUACAAUGAGUUCUGCUGGCUGAAAGUCGGCGGAAUUCCAUUCUACGCAUCCUUCGUCGCACCAUCCCUCGCCGUCAUCCUCUUCAACUUCAUCAUCUUCUCUCUCGUUACCAACCAACUCUGCUCCCUCCGACGCCGAUCCGUCGCUGCCUCCUCCGAGCAAUUCGACGUGUCCGCGCAGCUACGCGCGUCCCUGUCCAUCACCGUGCUCCUCGGGCUCACCUGGGGACUGGGCAUUUUCAUGAUAGGGGAGGCCAGCUUGGUGUUCAGCUAUCUCUUCGCCAUCUUUAAUUCGUUUCAAGGGUUCAGUAUUUUUGUGUUUCAUUGCCUGCUGAAGGAGGAGGUGCGGCUGGGUUGGAGAAAGGUGUUCUGUCCCCAGUGUCUGACGUUGGAAGAAAUGACGAAGUCCAGUUCAGGUCAAAACUUCAGCAGUAGCAACAAACAGGCUCAGCUUCAGAAGCGAAUGACCUUAGAAUACCAGGUCACGACGGUGGAAUCCAAUGGCCGCCAUCAUCAGUCACAGUCAACACCCUUUCACCCGGAACACGAAGUACCAAGGUUCAAUCCUUUUGCAACCAACUCUGAGUUCUACCAAGAUUCUAGAAUCUAAGAUGAGAAUUAAUACUCUAAAAAUACUAUGCCAUAUUGCCAUUAAAUUUAAUCACCUAACAUAGAAAAUGCAUAAUUUUUGAUAGUACUUUUGCAAUAUUAAUACUACUACUACUAAUAUUACUACUAUAGUACUACCACUACUACUAUGAAGACGACAGCGACGACAACGACAACGAC